AUGACACUCCUUAGGAACUUUGCUACCUCGACUUCUGUAAGGGCCACAUUCCGACCAUUGCCAGAAUACCAGCUAAAAUGUGGAUUGGAACUUCAUACUCAGUUGAAAACUAAGUACAAGCUAUUUUCUCUCACUCCGACUAGCGUAAUAAAUUCUAAGCCAAAUAGUAAAGUCAGCUAUUUUGACUCCGGUUUACCUGGCACUCAACCCAAGUUAAAUCCUGAAGCAUUAUUAUUAGCCUUAAAAACCGCUGUUGCGUUAAACUGUGACAUUGCAAGAAUAUCAAGCUUCGACAGGAAGCACUACUUCUAUCCAGAUCAGCCAUUGGGGUAUCAGAUUACUCAAUUUUAUAAGCCAAUUGCAACAGGUGGUGAGUUGAUCUUAAAAGAACCUCUAGAUGACAUAGGAUUGGCAGAUAAUUCAGUCAAACUGAAGAGAAUUCGUAUUCAGCAAAUUCAAAUUGAACAAGACACAGGCAGAUCGAUAUAUCGCAAAGAUGGUAGCAUUUCAGUUGAUUUAAAUCGAUCCAAUACCCCACUAAUCGAACUUGUCACACUUCCUGAUUUCGAAAAUAUAUACCAAGUAAGAUCUUUUAUCAAAAAGUAUCAACAGCUCGUGAGAUAUUUGGGUAUCUGUACAGGUGAUUUAGAGACUGGUGCCAUUCGUGUAGAUGUCAACGUUAGUAUCAAUAAUGGAGAAAGAGUAGAAAUAAAGAAUCUUAGAAAUACAACAGAUAUUGUACAGGCAAUUGAGUAUGAAUAUUUUAGACAAGUGGGACUCAUUAAGAAUGGAACGCCAAUCCAAUCGCAAGAGACAAGGGGUUGGGAUGGAGUACAGACUAAUGCAAGAAGAUCUAAGGAAAAUGCCGUGGAUUAUAGGUAUUUUCCCGACUCAGAAUUACCACAUAUUCAACUUUCACUGAAUAUUAGUGAAGAAAUCAAAAAUGAGUUGCCUAAGCUCCCCUCUGAAAUAGCUAUGGAGUUGUUAGAACCGCCAUUCAAACUAGAAUUAAAGCAUAUAAGGUAUUUGAUAGACAACAAGGUACUAUUGGAUUAUUAUAUGGAAUUGCACAGUAUAUUAACCCACGAUCAUAAAUUAGAAGGUAAGUUUGCUGGAAAUUGGUUAUUUAACAACUUGUUAAGUUCGUUCAAAAAGGCCAGGCUUGAGAUUACCUCAAACUUAAAUCUCGUCCCCGUGAAGCAGCUUUCUGAACUAGUUGUUGGUGUAGUGUCUGGGAGAGUUUCAAAGGGAAAUGGAAAAUCAAUACUUCAAAGUGCAAUUGAAGGUAAACAACCUAUAGACAAGUCAAUUUCAUCUCUUUCCACAUCAUCACAAGCCACUGCCUCAUCAAUCGUUCUUUCUCAUCUGCAAGAAGAAGAACUUUGCUCACACAUAAUUAAUACUAAUCCAGAAACUGUCGAGAAAAUUAAAUCAGGGAAAGUAGGCUCAAUCAAAUAUUUAAUAGGAAUGGCAAUGAAACAAAGCUCAGGUAAGGCCAGUUCUAAGAAUCUCGAGCAAAUCUUCAAGAAUUUAUUAAAUAUCAAGUAA